AUGGCCUCCUUCUUCAUGACUGCCCUGAAGAUCUUCCAGAGGGGCGAGGAGGAGCCACCCAAGGAGAUCCUCAAGGAUGGCAAGGUGGGCACGCUGCCCAACAGCAUGGCCCGCGAGGAGCUUGAGGAGUACCAGCAGCAGCUGCUGGAGGAGAAGAUUGAGCGGGACAAGGUCUUUGCACGGAAGAAGGCAGGACGGGCUGCUGUGCGGAUUCACCUGCGGGACAAGUACCACCUGGCCCAGGACGAGCGGGACGAUGCCCAGCUGCAUGUCGCUGGUGGCACGGCGGAGCUGCCGCAGGAGCUGGCUGCCAUGGUGCAGGGUGCGGAGGAGGAGGAUGGCGACGCCGGGGUCUUCACCUUCCUGACGAAUCUGCGGGAGGUGGAGCUGCCUGUGCUGCGGGACCGUACACGGGGCGGAGCGGACGGCGUGAAGGAGAAAUGCUCCCUGAUGUAGCAUCGCUGCUCGGGGCCCUGCAGGGGGUGACGGCAGCAGCGCUGGGGCUCAGCUCCUGCCCGCCCGGGAGCGAUGGGAUGCAGGUGUCACGGGAGUC